AACCAGUGGAGGCGGAGUCAGAUUUCCACACACCGUUCUAUCUCGGUUCUGCCCGAAGUUCCCUAAAAGUGAGGCUGGAAAGUGCAAAGUGUGGCCACAGCCAGUGAAUUUCAUCCAAUUUCUUUAUCUAAUCAGAAUCCAGGGUCAAGUCGGUGCUAAAGGACUCUGUGUUCGCGAGGCUUUAAAUGGGGAGCGUUCAGCUGGACGAUUUCAUCGCAGGAUGGAUCGGAGGAGCGGCGAGUGUGAUCGUUGGCCACCCCCUCGACACAGUAAAGACGCGUUUGCAAGCCGGUCAUGGCUACAGUAACACAGUCCAAUGUGCGCUGAGGAUAUUUAAAAAUGAGCACAUUGCUGGGUUCUUCAAAGGUCUAUCCUUCCCGUUAGCCAGCAUCGCGGUAUACAACUCGGUGGCGCUUGGCGUGUAUGGUAAUACUCAGAGGGUCAUCUGUCAGUAUCGUUAUGGUGAGGAGGGCCGCCGGGGUCCUGCUCUGACUGAUGUGGCGGCUGCGAGUGCUGUGGUGGGUCUCGUCACGGUUGCAAUUGGUGCUCCAGUGGAUCUGGUCAAGAUAAGGCUACAGAUGCAAACUCAGUCUGUGAGGUCAGCUAAAUUAAAUUUUGUUGGUGCUGGUUCCAUUCACUCGAUUGCACUGAAUAAUCAGCCUCUGUACAGGGGCCCCGUGCACUGCAUUAGCAGAAUCCUGCGGAAUGAAGGGAUUGCUGGACUGUACCGAGGGGUCGGAGCCAUGUAUCUCAGAGAUAUUCCAGGAUACUGUUUGUAUUUUGUUCCCUACAUGUUGCUGUGUGACUGGAUGAUGCCUGAGGGGAGUACAUCACCUAAUCUAUAUUCUGUGUGGCUGGCCGGUGGUGUGGCAGGAACGAUUUCAUGGGGUACUGCAACCCCCAUGGAUGUUGUCAAAAGUCGUCUUCAAGCUGACGGAGUUCAUGAGACAAGGUACAAGGGAAUACUACACUGUAUUCAACAGAGUUACCAAAAGGAAGGACUAACUGUAUUUUUUAAAGGAACAGCUGUGAAUGCUAUUCGUGGAUUCCCUAUGAGUGCAGCAAUGUUUCUGGGAUAUGAAUUCACAUUGAAAAUCUUGCGAGGUCAAUAAGCAGAAUAUAACAUUUGCUUCCUGACAUGCGACAAAUUUGUCCAGUUGCAUUGUUCUUUGCCUCAACCGACAAUUGAUCAGAUUUAUGAGCAAAAUGAUACUGUUAUCUCCUUGGCUCCUGAUGACAACCCAGCAAAGCUCUUUGACAGAAAUGCUAUUAGACAACACAGAGAUUCUCCAGGGUGAUGGUGUAUUUCAAAAGUUAUAUGCAAUGUUCCCUGCGAAGUCAAACACAACAGAUAUCAAAGAGAGCAAGAAGAAUUGAGCUGUAGCUUUAAGGAUCUUUAGAGCUGAAACUUCGACCAACAAACUUUUGUUUCUCCACUGACCUGCUGAGUAGUCCUUAAGUAAAAGAAUUUCUACUAAAUAUGAAAUAGGAAAAAAAUUCGGAAGCCAGUUUGAGUUAUUAAGGGGAUUAUGUUGGUGGAGGUAGUGAACUAGGAACUAGAGCCAUUAAUUUGCAAGAGGAUAUAUAUCUCAGCAUUAUUGAAUAACGUAACAAAAUAGCCUGAGGCAAUUUCAUAGAAUCACACCGCCCAGGAUUAUGUCCUGUUGUUCCUCUGCAACUCUUUAAAUGAGCUACCCAAUUAGUUCCACUAUCCUGCUCUUUCCCAAUUCCCUGAUUUUUUUUUAAAUUCUUAUGUUUUUUUUAAAAAGUAACGUGCACCUAGUUAACUGAAGAGCCUUUAUGGAGCAUUAAUAAAAGCUUCCAUUUGUUAGCUAAUGUAUUAAAAUAAACAAGAGGGGGACUGCAUGUGGAAAAUCAUAUCUCUUGGUUCUUCUCUAGUGCUGUACUUUGGUACCUCAGUUUUUCCAGGAGAAUCUUAAGACUCCUUGCGGAUUCGGAUUCAGAUUCAGAGUAGUUUAUUGUCAUACACACCAGGGUGCAAUGAAGUUCCUUGUUCAUGUGAAGCUCACGGAGUAUACAUGGCAAUAAUAAAUACACUAAAUACAGUGCAAGCACAAAAGAACAAUGGUGGAAAGAUAGUGCAAUCUGAAAUAGUGCAAAAAGAAAUGCUAAAGUGACAAUAACAGAAUAACCGAAAGAGUUAGAAUUAAGAGACCAAGAAUGUGGUAGCAACUUAGGGAAGGGGAACAUGAAAGAGGUGAUUUGUUCAGCAGUCUGAUAGCAGUGGGGAAGAAGCUGUUCUUGAGUCUGGUCCGGGCUUUCAAGCUAAUUUGUCCUUUGUGUAUAUUAUGUUGAUAUGAUUCACUAACUAGUUAUGGCUAAUGACAAUUGAAAGCUUUGACCUUGGACCUACAGACUCUCUGACAUGCUGCUAAUCCAAUAAAUUUUAUUCUGUUAAUGUAAGUUUAAAUGGGUGCACAGGUGCUGCACAGAAGCCUAUUUUUAUUCCAUAGUAUAACAAGCCACUUUCUGCUGCCAAGUAACUAUUAAUCGGCUAUCAUCAUUGUUUCCAUGUACUAAAAUGCAACUGUGAGUACUAGGAGAUAGGGUUGCUAUUUUUGAAGUGAUAAAGUUACCUGACUUAUUACGGGAAGUUAUUUUUACCUUUAUUCCACUCUGGAGUACAAGUCAAAGGCCACUGUGAUUAUGUUGGCUUAUGUAUUUUCUUCACAGCUAACUAUGAUGAACCACAUGAAAGCAGAAUAACAUUAUUUAACUGUAUUAUGGUGAAAUAUAUCUACAGUACUAAGUGUGAAUCAAAACAGAUUCCAAAGAGAAUAAUAUCUCACCAUGACUGAAGAUUGUAACAGCCCUACAAAGCAUAAACAAAAUUUUCAUUUCACUGUUUUAAUUGCUGUUUUCGGAAGCAUUUAGAUUAUUCUUUGAUCUGUGACCAAGUAUUUUAAAUGAGCAGAUAAAAUGUGUCUAUCACAAAGCAAAUUAUUGUAAAUUAGAUACCAUGUAUCUGUUAUGUAGAUUACAGAUGAAAAUACUGCUUGUUACAGGCCAGAAGAGGGUAUAGUGAACCUUCUGUGUGGAAGGUGUGACUUAAUCAUAUCAUGUAUUACCUUUCUGAUUGUAAUAUUAAUUUCUUUUUCAUGUUGUUAUCUAUAGAUUGUGCACAAAAUUGCACAUGGUAUUAUGAUCUUAAAUGACAAACAUUUCACCACACUGCUGUGUCCUUAUUCACAUCCAUGGGGAGGCGUCAAGUGGAAAGGGAACAACACUGCUGUUACCUAGUUUUUAAUAUACUGACAAUGUACUGGAGCACACUCAGUUGGCUACCGUCUUGACUGUGGGACACGCAUUUGGUGGGAUCAGGGUCAUUGAGAGCUAAAUGCCAUCUGUAAUUAAAUUAUAAAAGUGAUCAGCAAUAAAGAAUAAUUUAGC